AGUAACCUUGGAAGCACGAGACACGAUGAUGAUUUGCAUGUGAUGUUUCGGUUGAUCGGAGUUGGUAUCGGCAAUGGUACCGGGAGUCGGGAGUCGGGCGUCGGGCGUCGGGCAUCGGGAUUUACAAGGAAUGUCUAGAAGGGGCAGGUGAUGAAACUUCAGGAAGCUUUGACUUUCUCGAGUACGAGUCUACCACGAAGUACGAGAUGAAACUAAACGGAUCCAUUAACUUGAUCAAAGAAGUGAUUCACAUUCUACCAACACCAACAUCUCCAUAUCAUAUUCAUUCUACACCAAUUGCAGGACUUCAGUAUGUCGUCGGAUAAAUCUACAGAAAAUCCAUGGGAUAAAGAGACAAGUCAAAAAUUUGAAAGCAAACGCCCAGGAGAAUACUUUGACCCCUGUCAAGAAGCAGCUUCAAGAAGUCUGAAAUGUUUGGCUCGAAACGGAGGUGAUAGAGAUAUGUGUACGGACUAUUUCCAAGCAUACCGAGACUGCAAGAAGCAAUGGAUCGAGCAACGAAAGGAAGCCAAAAGGAAAGCGGGGUGGUUCUCUUCAUGAGAAAACGGAUUGUGUUUGAUAGAAAUGUGAUGUGUCAGUUUGCGGGGAGGAAGGGUAAUAGAGAUAAAAGUUAUUGACAAGGGCCUUAUCCGACAGCUCAAAGUAACAUUCUGAUCAACAAAAUGGAAAAAGCUUGCUCAAAUCGUUGGUGUUCAUAAUGGACUUGGUAUUGAUUAAAGGAAAUUCAUCAAAGCAUACAAUCUAAUGUAUGCGGAAUACCUACCUAUGUACGACAACUGAUAUCCAUCUCUUUCGGGGUGUCAAGACUUGCGCCAAUCACUGACUAUCUAGACAUGUAAUGCAGCACAUGAAUCUUCAUUCAAUACCACA